UCCCGCCGCGGGUGAAUGAGUCCGACUGCGCUGCCGCCGCCGCCCGCAUCGAAGCUCCGGCCGCGUCCCCCGCGCCAGCCUCGGGAGCCUGUGCGCCGAGACCCCUACGUGUCUGCGAACAGACCCCCAGCCUCGGGCCAUCACCCCGGGCAGACGCUGCAGCCCCUGUCCGGGCCUCUCGCCUGCCGCCCCCAUGAGAAAAACCAACAUGUGGUUCUUGGAGCGGCUCCGGGGGUCUGGGGAAAACGGUGCUGCCCGGGGCGUGGGGAGUGAGGCGGGGGACAAGGCCUCCAAGGGGCCCCUGUACAGCAAUGUGUUGACGCCCGACAAGAUCCCCGACUUUUUCAUCCCCCCCAAGCUGCCCUCGGGCCCCGUGGAGGGCGAGGGACAGGCCGCGCUGGGCCCCUCCACGUCGGAACAGAACCUGGCCUUUGCGGGCCCCCGCCAGACCCCACGGAGCCCCCGGCUGCCCGCCAAGCUGGCAGCGGAGGGCAAGAGCCUGCUGAAGGCAGCCACGCGGCACGUGAUCCAGAUCGAGAGUGCCGAGGACUGGCCGUCGGGGGAGGCCGCUGACGCCGAGCCCCAGGCCCAGGGUGCCAUGUCCCUGCCCUCGGUGCCCAAGGCCCAGACGUCCUACGGCUUCGCCACGCUGGCCGAGAGCCCCCACACGAGGCGCAAGGAGUCCCUGUUCCACAGUGAGCACGGGACCCUGGCCCAGGUGGGCUCCCCGGGUGCCGGGCGCCGCCGGGCAGCUGCCAAGGCCGACGGGGGCGACGGGGGCCCCAGGGAGGCUGGCGGGACCCUCAUGAGCCCCGGCCGCUGCUUCAGUGGCGGGGAGAGCGACACGGGGUCCUCGGCCGAGUCCUCUCCCUUCGGGUCCCCUCUGCUGUCCCGCUCCGUGUCUCUGCUCAGAGGGUUCGCCCAGGACAGCCAGGCCAAGGUGAGCCAGCUGCGGCACUCGGUGGGCCGCCACGGCUCCGUGUCUGCGGACGACAGCGCUCCGGACACCAGCCCCGGGAGCCGGCGCCGCCUGACCCGCCGGGCGCCCCCGGAACCGGGCCCCGAGUCGGGCCAGGCGCGUGGGGAGCACACGGUGCACGUGGGCCCUCGGGGCAGCGUGCGGCUGCUGGCCCAGUACGAGGCAGGCCAGGCCCGCCUGCGGGUGCGCCUUUUGGCCGCCGAGGGCCUCUACGACCGCCUGUGCGACGCGCGCAGCAUCAACUGCUGCGUGGGCCUUUGCCUGGUGCCGGGCAAGCUGCAGAAACAGCGCAGCACCAUCAUCAAGAACAGCCGCCACCCCGUCUUCAACGAGGAUUUCUUCUUCGACGGCCUGGGGCCGGCCAGCGUCCGGAAACUGGCGCUCAGGAUCAAGGUGGUGAACAAGGGCAGCAGCCUCAAGCGGGACGCGCUGCUCGGGGAGAAGGAGCUGCCCCUGACCUCCCUGCUGCCCUUCCUGUAGAGCGGGGACCUGCUCGCUGCCCGCUGGGUGCACAGGGCAGACCCCGGUCUCUCCUCCUGCACACCGGGUCCUGGCGGGCGGGUCCCUGGCUUGGGCUGGGGCUGGGCGGGGCCUGCCGCUGUAGCUGACGCGGGUUUCCUGGGCCACCCGUUGCUGACUGGAGUAGUAUUUGUCAUGAAUUAAUUUCUUCUCUGGAGGAGGAGGAGGAGGAGAGGGGGCCUCGGGGGAAGGCCGCUUCGCGGGGCAGAAGGUCCCCCUUUGCCCCUCCACACUGUCUCGCGCCUUUCACGCAGAGUUCUAGAAGGAGGUUCUCAGGGGUCCAGGAAUCCGUGCAAGUGGCCAGGGCGGGGCCGUGGACAGGGAGGUCACAAGUCUUGGAGCCCACAGUCUCCUUCACUGCACGUGUGUCUUCCUCCCCCACAGCCUGCCGCCAUCCAGUUCCCACCCCGCGGAGAGCAGGAUCUCGCGGGGACACCAGGCCCAGGCUCUGCCUGAGACCCCCCCCUCCCAGGGGUCAGGCUGGCUCUGGGAGACCCCAGCUUCCCAGGCUCCAGUGGCGAGCAGGGCCAGGCGAGAGUGCCCUGACGAGGGUGGGCGUGGAGGGAGCAGCCGCUGCCAAUCGGAGCAGAGGAGGUCGUGGCAGAGGUCCGCGGGGAGGAGACGGCUCUCCUGGCCUGUUUUCCUCUGACACCGUCUGCACUGGCUUUUUGGGUACAGGCCUGUCUGGCCAUUUCUGCUGUGGCGCCGGAGGGUCUUGCUCAGAGAUGCCCAGAGAGCAGCCCUAUGGCCCAUCCGUCCUCGCUGGGGGCUGCCACCCCGUCGCCCUUUUGUCCAGCAUCUGCAGCUGGGAGCGACAUGCAGUGAUUGACGGCCGUGGCUUUGACGCCACGUGUGUAAAUAGGUUGUGGCUACGGUGGGUGUGUCGGAGCCCAGGAGGCAGCUGGGGGGACCUGGCUGUGGCCUUUCAUGCUGCUAGGUGGCUGCAAGCCUUCCAUUGUGUGGUUAUGUGGGUCCUUGAACGAUUUUGGGGACGUUUCCAGCUCAGAAUGAUGCAGAAAUGGUAAGACUCAAAGCGGGGGCCAGGCCAGGCCGGUGCCUUCGCCUCUCCCGGCUGCUGGGGGGCACGGGGGAACCAGGACACAUCUGCGGCAUUCGGGGACGUCCCUUGUCAGCCCGUUUGCCACACAUUGUUCCUCUGGACCAGGGAAGGGUGGAGGAGCUGCUUCCCAGGACUGGAGGAGCAGCUGGGCCUCUGCUGCACGUCCGGUGGGACACACCUGUGAGCCCUCCAGAGGGAGAGUGCAGGCCCCUUCUGAGCCUGGUGUUGCAGGUGCUCUGCUCUCUCUGGAAGCCAGGGCACCCAGGGCGGAGGCUCCUCAGGCCGGGGAGGCGGAGAGGGUGCCCUGCAUGGAGAGAGACGCCGGCACUCCCCGCCUUCUCUGAUGCUCACCCCUCCCAGGCCCCGUUCUCCCUGGGGUCCCCUGUUUCAUAGCCCCCUGCUCUGUUUGAUAUCUUAGUGUCUGAGGUUGACUGUGGGUAAAUCUUUAAGACACUCCCCAACUGUGUUUGUUUAUAAAUGCUGUUUAUAGUGCAAUAAAGGUGUUUCGGGAAUACGGGGGUGGA